GCACAAGGAACUAUAUUCAAUAUCUUGUAAUAAGCCGUAAUGGAAAAGAAUAUUUUUAAAAGAAUAUAUAUAUAUAUGUGUGUGUGUGUGUGUGUGUGUGUGUGUGAAUCACUUUGCUGUGCACCAGAAACUAACACAACAUUAUAAAUCAACUAUACUUCAAUUAAAAAAAAAAGAAUUCAUCAAGGUCAGGCUUCCAUGAUAGAACUUUUGUGUGUUGCCAGUGUUGCCACCUGCACCUCUGGAGAGUCUGGACAGGCCCGAGAGCAGAGGUGGUGUCCCAGGGACCGGGGGGUGGGGGAUGAGAACAGAUGCACACCAACCGCAGAGGUGGGGAAUUUUCCAAGCCAGGUCUUCAGGAGCCUGUGGUGGGAGGGAGACUUCUGGAAGCACCACAGAUCCUCCUGGAGGCAUCGCAAAAGGGGUCUGGCACUCGGCGGAGUUUUGCUUGGUCCUUCAGGCUCCUCGUCCUGGUGAUUCUGACAUUUCUUCUCCCUAGUAAGUGAGGAGGAGCACGGCAGAAGAAUGGGGAUGUGGUGAGGUCUACCAGAGCUCCCUCUAGGGCACAAUCCCCGCCAGGUGAGCACCUGCCCUCACACAAGAUGCCUGCUUGGGGCGGCAUGGUGAGUAAGGUGUGGCUCCUGAAAGAUCAAGUCCUUGGGUGGCAGCAUGAUUGCGGGGGUUGGGAGAGCACAUUAGAAAGCAGCCUGGGUAGGAAUGUUGUCACAAACCCUGCUGGCUGACUAGCCUAGGACAGGUCACUUCACCUCUCUGAACCUCUGCUCCAUUCUACAAAAUGCGUACAGCAACCUCUGGCUCCCCGGGAGGCUUAAAGGUUUAAAGAAGAUUGUGUGUACGAAAGCAAGGGCUUGCCAAGUGGAAGCUAUUGUUAUUUACUGGUUCCCAGGCACUGCUGCGGACAGGAUGACAGGAAGGUCAUUGUGUUUGGUGGCAGGGCUUGGGUCCUGAACUACUCUCCAGCCCACUCCAUCCCCCUGCUUUCAUACGUACCCUCUUUUCCAACCAGACUGCCUGCUCCUGGGCUGACAAGCUCUUCCUCGCUACCUGGCCUUGGCACCUGCUGGUCCCAUGGCCUGACUUGCCUUGUCUCCCUUUGCCACCUGACAGAUGGCAGCAACAUCCUCCUUCCCUGGUCCCCAAAAGAAUGAGCACGCCCAUAGCUUGGGGGCUCAGUCCCACGGGCCUGGACUUCUGAGGUCCCAGCCCAUGGCCCCAGCACUUGGAAAGGACUUGCCUCCCUGUAGGGCUCAGAGCUGCAGGGAAAAGGACAGAGGAAGGGGCACUUCCCAGUCCCUGGGCAUCCCUGUGACUUAAGCUCUCCUUCUCUUGUGAAAUCCACAGCCGGCAGAAGGAAGCACAGAGUCCCAGCAGUGUCUGGGGCAGACGCACACCCCCUUCGUGGGGUUAGGACUCUUCAUUUUGUGUAAGAAAGGCUCUGUCCCAGUCUGGACCACCACCUGAGACCCACGGAAAGCUUGGGCCUCGCUGAGCCUGCCCCCCUGACAGCUGGGGGCUAGCAGCCUAGUCUAAGGGGCUUUGGGAGCAGGGCUCCCGGGGGCAUUCGGAGAAGCUGCGAGAGAGGCUGUGAAACACUAAGAGGAUGGAAGAAGAGGAAGUGGCCCCCUUCCCUGCUGGCCUGACAGACAGCUGUGGAGGCCCUCCUUCCUGUGAGGGACCAGGCCCAGGGCUCAGACCUUCAAGCCUCCCAUCUCCCCAAACCACAGCCCAGAGGUGUGAAAGACAGAAAAAAAAAACAGGGGGAGGGGUGGCAGAGAAGAGACAGGUGCACAUUUCACACCUUGACCACAGGUGGGGCUCGGAGCAGCUUCACUCUGACUAACUUCCUUCUGAAGCUUCCCCACUUGGUGUCUCGGGAGGCCAGAAGCAGAAGGGUACAGCUACCAGAACUUAGGGUGCAGGCUUCUGGCUAGGUGGGUCUUCCCCAGGGCUGGGCCUGCUUGGAAGCUGGUCUGGGGGCUGCUUGGGAUAGGAGAGGGCCGAGUUAGUGGGCCAAACAAGGUUCUUGUCUCGGCACCUUCUGAGGCAUGUGAGCUGUGAAAGACAGCAGUGGCCAACUGCAGACCUGACCUUCUGUGGCCUUGGGAGGGGCUGGUCUGGAAAGUUACUAGAAGGGGAGGAAACUGCUGCUAGCUGGGUUCUUUACCCUGUGCCAUAUAUAUCGUUUACAGUUCACAGAGCAGCCCUGACACAGGUGGACUAGCUUUAUCCCUACUUUUCAAAUGAGAGAACCAAGGCAGAGAGGUAAAAUGAUUCGCCUAAGGUGACACAGUGGGGCAGCCAGAGGAUUCGGCGAGGACUGGCCAAACCCUCCCAGCUAAGGCAUGGCAGCCUUCCCGAAGGAUCCGUCCUCCAGCCACGUCCACAGGGCAGCACACUCCGUCCCAGGGCUCCCCUGACAUGGAAGAGCUCCCAGGGACUCUGGGUUUGUGGCCAGUAUCCCUCACACUCAGCAUUCUCAGAUAUGCUUCUACUAAGGGCUGAGCCCUGUGUGGAGACCUCACAGCCCUGGUCAUCUCAGAUGACCUGUUUUACAAAUUUAUUUAUUUUUGGCUGCGUUGGGUCUUUGUUGCUGCGCGCGGGCUUUCUCUAGUUGCGGCAAGCGGGGUCUACUCUUCGUUGCGGUGCAUGGGCUUCUCAUUGCAGUGGCUUCUCUUGUUGCGAAGCAUGGACUCUAGGCGCACGGGCUUCAGUAGUUGCGGUGCGUGGGCUCAGUACUCGUGGCGCACGGGCUUAGUUGCUCCGCGGCAUGUGGGAUCUUCCCAGACCAGGGCUCGAACCACUGGUGGCGCAGUGGUUGAGAAUCUGCCUGCCAAUGCAGGGGAUUCUCAACUACUGUGCCACCAGGGAAGCCCUCAGAUCAUCUUAUAACACCCCUGCUGAGACCAGCUCAAAAACGGUUAUGUCAUAGGUCCAAGGUCACACAUCUCGAACAGGGUGGAGUCAGGGCUGGAGCCAGACAAAUUCAGCAUUUCUCCCAUUCUUCCCACUGCAUCAUGGCCACACCGGGAGCAGCAGGAACAGUCCACCCCACAGCCCAGGCUGGCCUCUCAGGAUAUGGCCCAAUGCAGAAAGGAAAGCUCUCUGCACCUUUCCAACACUCUUAGCUGACCUCCUCUCAUUUCUCCUUUCCAGCAACCCAGGAAGGUGGGGAUCUUGGUCCCCAUGUGGCAAAUGAGGAGACUUGGACACAGGAAGGAGACCGGAGGUCCCUAAACUUAGAAAUUUCACAUGUAUCUGGAGGACCCACACUGGGUUGUCAACUCCUGCUAACACAAGAUGCUAUCGUCACCAACAUUUCAUAAAGAGAAGAUCCUUUUAAUACCAAAAAGGGGAUAAAGGCCAUAACUGCAGAAUACAAGAACCUCCUUUAAGUUGAACCAAUAGAGCUUUUUGUUUUCCUCCUUUCUCUCACAUGUAGAAGCCCAGUGAAUGGAAACUCUUCACGGACCAGCAUCGGAAGCUGUGCUCCUGGCUCCCACCUGUCUUCCUCCACCUGCAGGCAAGUCACCUGCCAAGUCCUACCUAUCCUAACUGCUGUGGCUUCUGGAAUCCCCCCAGGCCCCUCCACUUGUGCUGCUCCUGACCUCCUCCAAGCCCUUAGUUCCCUCUGGCCUGGAUUCUGCAGGUGACAAACUGCUUAGAGCAAGGACAGUCACAUCUUCUGGCCACAGGAGGCGGGGAAGGACCUCGCUGCCUCACAAGUGUGUGUUUUGUCCAUUAAGUUUGAGCUGAAUUCAAGACCCAAGCCUGGAGGCUCAGGUGACACAUUCUGGCUGAAAACUGGACCCCAAUGCCAUAGCCUCAGUCUCCCUCUCUCUCUCUCUCUCUCUCUCUCUCUCUCUCUCUCUCUCUCUGCUUUUCACCUAUGAGGAGAGAGGGAAACUGCUUGGGAGAGGCAAGGGGCUGCCUUUUCCCUCUGAUAAUAAGAGCAGGGCAAUAGGGAGAUCCCCAUGUAGUCUUCCCCAACCCUAUUCCCCUUCUCCUCACCCCAGAAGCAACUGCUCUCAUGGAUGUGUGGUGUGUCCAGUCCCUACUUUAAACUUCUAGGACAAAUAGCUGUAUCCAAAACAACAUGGUAUUGUUUUGUGUGUGUGUUUUUUCUAAUUUACCUAAGUAGUGUCAAACUAUACACAGUAUUCCCUAACUUGCCUCUUCCACCAUUGGUCAUUGGCUUUUCUAGAUGUGUCCAUGUUAAAAUAUAUAGCUUUUAGUUCAUUUGUUUUUAACUGUGUGAAUAUAUCAUUGUUUAUCCAUCAGAAAGCAACUGAAGGCAGUGUGAGGAGUGGUAAAAGGAGAGUCAGACAGCUGUGGGUUCAAUCGUAGCACCUACCCUUGCUUGUUAUGUCUGGCGAAGGCCUUUCCCCUUUCUGGAUUAGCCAUGGGGAUGCCGCCCACCCCCCGCCCCUACAAGGGACUUGUGUGGUUGGAAUGAGGCAGUGUCAGAGAAAACGCCUAAAGCAACACCCAGCACACAGCAAGUUCAUUACUAGCAGUUCCCUUUCCUUGCCCCUGUUGCUUAGCAGGGAGGGGCAAUAGUAAAGGACUAGAAUUAGUGUGAUGGAUUGCUUUCAAAUAUUUUCAUUUUUUAAGAAGGUUCAUCUCCUUUAUAGAGUUAACACGUUUAGCUAUCCAGUCCACAAUCGUGUGAGAGCAACUCCAGCCCAGGACGGAUGAGCAGCAGUUCUUACCCCUGCCCUUGCCAGCUGCCCUGCUUCUCCUUCAGACCUCUCCCCUCAAAGCACCUGCUCCUGCCCUUCCCUCGGCCCCAGGCUUUCUGGUCCCAGGCUUGUGUUCAACUCCCAGAGCAGCUUCGCCGGGCCAGCGGGAUGUUGGGGUAGGAACCCCGUGGCCUUGGGUCUAGGGAGUUCUGGUAUAGAUCACCCCUUGGAAGAGGUUGCUGCCGAGAACCGCGUGAAACCCUGACUUCCUCUGUGUAGCGCAGGUUCCCGACCACAAGCACCAAAGCAGAGGGGCAGGCAGCACACGGCCAGGCAGCCAGAGUACCAGCCCAGCCAUGGUCCCCGAGAUUCUUUUCCAUUAUAGAUAACCUACAAGAUAUUGAAUAUAGUUCCCUGUGCCCUACAAUAGGCCCUUGCUGUUUAUCUAUUUUACAUGUCGUAGUGUGUAUCUGUUAAUCUCAAAUUCCUAAUCGAAGGAGUGACUUUUAAGGCCUUCACAGGCUCUGUGCUCUCCCUCCCUCCACAGAUGAGUGAACGCCAAGAGUUCCAAGUCUCGGAGCUUGACUUCCUCCUGGAAAACUCUUCCUAUGACUACGGAGAAAACGACAGUGACCCCUGCUGUGCCUCCCCACCCUGCCCGCAGGACUUCAGCCUCAACUUCGACCGGGCCUUCCUGCCCGUCCUCUACAGCCUCCUCUUCAUGCUGGGGCUGCUGGGCAAUGGCGCCGUGGCGGCCGUGCUGCUGAGCCAGCGGGCGGUCCUGAGCAGCACCGACACCUUCCUGCUGCACUUGGCCGUGGCUGACGCACUGCUGGUGCUGACGCUCCCGCUCUGGGCGGUGGACGCAGCCGUCGAGUGGGUCUUCGGCUCUGGCCUCUGCAAAGUGGCGGGUGCCCUCUUCAACAUCAACUUCUACGCAGGGGCCCUCCUGCUGGCCUGCAUCAGCUUCGAUCGGUACCUGAGCAUCGUGCACGCCACCCAGCUGUACCGCCGGGGUCCCCCGACCCGCGUGGCCAUCACCUGUGUGGCGGUCUGGGGGCUCUGUCUGCUCUUUGCACUCCCGGACUUCAUCUUCCUGUCCGCCCACCACGACAAGCGCCUCAACGCCACCCACUGCCAGUACAGCUUCCCGCAGGUGGGCCGCACGGCCCUGCGCAUUCUGCAGCUGGUCGCCGGUUUCCUGCUGCCGCUGCUGGUCAUGGCCUAUUGCUAUGCCCGCAUCCUGGCUGUGCUGCUGGUCUCCAGGGGCCAGCGGCGGCUCAGAGCCAUGAGGCUGGUGGUGGUGGUGGUGGUGGCCUUUGCCCUCUGCUGGACCCCCUACCACCUGGUGGUGCUGGUGGACACCCUCAUGGAGCUGGGGGCCGUGGCCCGCAACUGUGGCCGAGAAAGCAGUGUGGACGUGGCCAAGUCGGUCACAUCGGGCAUGGGCUACAUGCACUGCUGCCUCAACCCUCUGCUCUAUGCCUUUGUGGGUGUCAAGUUCCGAGAGCGGAUGUGGAUGCUACUCAUGCGCCUGGGCUGCCCCAACCAGAGGUGCCACCAGCGGCAGCCUCCGGCUUCCCGCCGGGAUUCAUCCUGGUCUGAGACCACAGAGGCCUCCUACUCAGGCUUGUGAGGCUUGGGAUGGGGGAUCCCCCUUUCCCACGCAGCCCAACUCCCCCAUUCCAGGCUCCUCCCUCGCUCACUCCCCAGACACACACUCCUUGGAGUCCCCGAUGGCCCUGGUACUGCCGGGUCUCCCAGGGAGCCGCCCUCCUGGCUCUGGGGGCUGCCCCAUCACUGCUCCUUAGCUGCACAGCCCCCAUCCCGCCGCUUCAGAGGUGGCUGCCUUCAGGCCCUUCUUACCUUGGCCGCUCGGAACCCCACCACCCUCCUAAUUCAGUAACUAGGCCUCAGCCUUCCCCGUAUGCAGGGAGCAUGAGGCAAACAGCAUAAUGGCAGCGGCCUUGGCCGGGCCUCCUGUUCCGCAGUGACUAUGGCUGUGGUUCCCGAGACCUCUGUGUUUGCUCACUUUGAUUUUUAUGUCUAAAACUCUGCUUCAAACUUUUCAAUAAACAAGCUAAUCAGGA